CUUGGAGUGUUGUUGACAUGCCAGAGGAGGUGUGGUGAGGGAGGGAGGGAGGGAGGGCAGAUUUCAUGCGUGAAUAUAAGAGCCACUGCAGGCUGCACGGGACAAAAAGCUUUUCCUCCAGGACACAUCUUGUGAAAUACUGAAUGUGAGCAGCGAUCCGCACAACAUCAACAGCAGCCAUGAAGUUCCCCGCUCUGUUCUUCCUCCUGAUCCUCACCUGCAUGUACAUGAGUCUGGCACAAGGCUCGUAUGGCAACUGCUGCCUCGGCUACAUUAAAGGCAUGAAGGCGAGUGCAAGGAGGAACAUUGAGAGCUUCAGGAUGCAGCAAACAGAUGGGGAUUGCAACAUCAGAGCUGUUGUGUUUCGGAUGAAGAAAAAGCCAUCCCAUAAAACCCAGAGGACUCGCUGUGCCAACCCAAACGACCGCUGGGUCCAGGAACUGAUUCAAGGCAUCAACAACAGGAUGCAGAAUUAGACCACUCAAAGAAGAGGGGAGAGAGGAGGAGAUACUUCACCUUCCUGUCAGGGGAGGCCUCGUAUAUCACCGUGGAUUAUGUUUCACUAGAUUUGGUAUUUCCUGUGCUGACAGAGGACGUAUAUGUGUGCACGGUUCACUAUAACACGAACAUAUCCUAAUGUCGUAGCCAGUUUAACGUUUUGUAUGAGCCACUGCUACGAUUCUGAUAAGUGAUGAGUAGCGUCUGCAAGGAAUGAGCCACUGUUGGCAGCUUUGAAAUGUAUUGAGUUUUUUUUAUACAACAGAUUUCCAUAUUUUUAUAUCUACAUUUAAAUUGUGUUUUGUGUCUUCCUGUAUCAAAUAAAGAAAGUAAAGAAACCAGAUUAAGGUUUUGAUGAUUUAGGUAACUACACAAAGUUGUUUUCCAUCAGAUACAGAUUUAGAUGUGCCAAUGGUUCAUUUACUUUAUUUGAAAUGGGUUGCGUCAUUGCUCCCUUGUUACAAAUGUACUGGAUAUCCAUGAAAGCAGCUUAGAUUUUGUAAAAUAGUCUCUGACAUAGUCUGCAUUUUACUUUAAUUUUCUUGAUAAUGACUACAUUAGCCAUCCUAAAUAAUGGCCAGUUACAAAAUGUAUGGGAAUGAGCCACUGUUUCGAAGAUUUGAAAUGAAACAGAUUUCCAUAUUUGUAUAUCCUCAUUUAAACUGUACUUAAUGUCUUGUUUCAAAUAAAGAGAGAAGCAAUACAA